AUGUCUACAGAGCCCUUUAAACCCCAUGUCCUGAUCGUCGGAGCUGGCCUCGGUGGGUUGGUCCUCGCCGCUAUUCUUGAAAAGGGCGGUUAUACAUAUGAGGUCUUUGAGCGUGCUUCAGGCGUCAAGCUACUUGGAUCAGCCCUGGCGCUCGGACCAGGCAUAAUGCCACUCUUUGAACAGCUGGGUGUCUUGGACGAGCUUCUCGCAAAGGCCCAGAGCUUCCGCAUAGGUCGUACUUGGAAUCAGCAGAUGGAAGUCCUUGGCAUGGCCGAUUACGGAGUCGAUCAAGAAGAGUAUGGAUAUGAUAGCGUUAUCGUCUCGAGACCUGCUCUCCACCAGAUUCUCUUAACCUUGACUAAUCCUGAGAAAGUCCAUUACGGCAAGCGAGUACUCUCCCACGUCGAGACGGGCGAUGGAGUGAUGGUUCGGACUGCUGAUGGCCAAACACAUCACGGCAACAUCCUCGUUGGUGCGGAUGGCGCCUACAGCAGUGUCAGACAGUCGUUGUAUGAGUAUUUGGAUAAGCACAAAACGUUACCCAAGUCCGAUAAGCAGCCGCUGAAGUAUUCAACUGUGUGCCUCGUUGGACAGACGAAACCAUUGGAUCCUGCUGAAUGGGUUGGAAUAGGCGACAAGGAAUGCCGCUUUGAUUCUGUUCAUGGAGAGCGGGAACCAUAUUUCUGGGUGACAUUCACGACUGCAGAUAACACCAUUUGCUGGAUGGUCCUUCUGCUCCUGGACGUGGAGACAAGCAAAAUCCACAGUACCUUCCGCAACUCAGAGUGGGGCCCAGAGGCUGCUGAGAGUAUGGCCAACGACGUCCGGGAUUUCCCUGUUCCUUCUGGAGAGAACAAGACCCUCGGUGACUUGAUUGACCUCACACCCAAGGAACUUAUCUCUAAAGUCAUGCUCGAAGAAAAAUUCUUUAAGACCUGGUACGAUGGACGCACUGUCUUGCUCGGAGAUGCAUGCCACAAGAUGACCCCGUAUGCUGGCUUGGGUGCCCUUAAUGCUAUGCAGGACUCCGUUGUCCUUGCGAACUACAUUAGCAUGAUCAACAAAAACGAUUCCGAGCACACCGCUAGUUUAUUUCACCAAUACCAGAUCGAGCGUGCCCCGUUGGCAAAGGCGGCGGUUAACACAAGCGCCGGAUUUUCCAGAUUGGUUGAUACGCAUUGGUACAACAUUAUCCUUCGAAGGAUUGCGAUGAAGUACAUCCCUAAGUGGGUCUUAGAUCUGACACUAUCGAAGUCAAGACGGUAUCGUCCUCAGGUCGCAUUCCUUCCUCCUGCCAACGACAAGGGCCUACGACGACCAACGUAUCAGCGGAGUUUAGAGGUUGCGCGGGCGAAGCUCCAAUCCAAUGCAUCGAAAGCCGUUUAA